AUGCAUCCAUCCAACAAGAUGCAGAUUUUCGUCAAGACUCUGACGGGCAAGACUAUCACCCUCGAGGUGGAGUCUUCGGACACCAUUGACAACGUCAAGGCCAAGAUCCAGGACAAGGAGGGCAUCCCCCCUGACCAGCAGCGUCUCAUCUUCGCCGGCAAGCAGCUCGAGGACGGCCGCACCCUCUCGGACUACAACAUCCAGAAGGAGUCGACCCUGCACCUCGUCCUCCGUCUGCGCGGUGGUAUCAUCGAGCCCUCGCUCAAGGUGCUCGCCGGCAAGUACAACUGCGACAAGCAGAUCUGCCGCAAGUGCUACGCUCGUCUCCCUCCCCGUGCCACCAACUGCCGCAAGCGCAAGUGCGGCCACUCGUCGCAGCUCCGACCCAAGAAGAAGUUGAAGUAA